CACCGGAAACAAGCAUAGACAAAGCGGAAGUAGUGAAAAAAUUACCUCGCUGAAUUUUCUAUCUGUGUAGAGUGAAUUUAACGAGCCUUUCUGUGUCAAACUCACCUAUUGUCGUCGCAACGACGUCGAAACAUGGACAGAUAGUGUUUGUUUAAGUGGAUUUACGGACGUGGUCCCUGUAGAAGAUAAUCCAUCACAUCGGUUCCCAUCUUGGACUGUCACUCAGGACUCUGACAAGUACAGACACAGACGAGCAGUUUUGUCUCUUGUGAAACUCCCAAAGUCCCUCCACUUUUUCCUGUUGCCACCAGCAUGGCUAACAGCACCGCAACAGUGGUGAAGGCUCUGCCCCCUGGGCCUGCCGGCAGGAGUAGUCCAGAGGGGUCUCAGGUGCUCAGUAAGAAGAAGCUGCAGGACCUGGUGAGGGAGAUCGAUCCGAACGAGCAGCUGGAUGAGGAUGUUGAGGAGAUGCUGCUUCAAAUUGCAGAUGACUUUAUAGAGAGUGUAGUAACAGCAGCCUGUCAACUGGCACGCCAUCGCAAGUCCAACACCUUGGAGGUGAAGGAUGUUCAGUUACAUCUUGAACGCCAGUGGAACAUGUGGAUUCCUGGUUAUGGCUCAGAUGAGAUCCGGCCGUUCAAGAAGGCUUGCACCACAGAGGCUCACAAACAGAGAAUGGCGCUGAUCCGCAAGACAACCAAAAAGUAGCAAGACUGUAUGCUAAUAUGUUGUACCCACUCUGUGUAUUGUCUUUUCUUUUUUUGUUUGUUUUUCUUCCUUUUCAACUGGGAUUUUUUUUGGACUAAUAAAGAUGAAAAGAUGGUUUGGGUGGGGGUAUUUUUUUUUUUUUGACAUUAGAUAGUGUUUCAUCGUCAUGACUCCCUAACUUUUGAGUGUUUUGCCAGCACCGUCACACAAUAAUGUAAUUCUUGUCUCUAAUUCUGUUUUGUUGCCAUUAAGCUAAGCCUGGCAGGACUUCAUUGCAUUUUGUCAAUAAACAUUUGCUGGAAUACUUCUUUUGGAUUGUGACCACUGCUGUAUCGGCUUUACCUUUUGAUACUCUAGAGCAUUUGGAUGUGAAUGUUACAGAUUCAUGCCUCCUUAAAUUUGUUGUUAUCUUGCCAAUAAUAGAUAAUCAUAGCUGUUAUGUCAGAAAUUAUGGCUCCCCUGUUUACACAUUCUACUCAUACAAUGCUGUUGAUUCGUUUUUUGUUUUGUUUUUUAAAUAGAGGGUCUAUAAUAAUUCCUACUGCAAAGGGUGGCCACAAAUACAGUAAAUUGUUUGUCUCUGUUGUUAGACAUGUAUGUGCUGUUGUGUAUUGUUCCUGAAUGUAGCAGGUUUUAUUACAUUAACAAUUUCAACCAACCUUGUUAA